AUGACAAAUAUCAGAUUCUAUUGGGACCUGUUGAUGUUAGUGUUGAUGAUGGGGAACUUGAUCGUCCUGCCAGUGGGCAUCACUUUCUUUAGAGACGAGAACACUCCCUCAUGGAUCAUCUUCAAUGUGGUCUCUGACACUCUCUUCAUGGUUGACUUGGUUCUCAACUUUAGGACGGGCAUCGUCAAGGAAGACAGCACUGAGAUUUUGCUGGACCCCAGGGCCAUCCGCCAGAAAUACCUGAAGAGCUGGUUCCUCGUGGACUUUGUGUCGUCCAUCCCGGUGGACUACAUCUUCCUGAUGGUGGACAGUCUGGACUCCGAGGUCUACAGGACGGCCAGGGCGCUGCGCAUCGUUCGUUUCACCAAAAUUCUGAGCCUGCUUCGGCUGCUCCGCCUGUCUAGACUCAUCCGCUACAUCCACCAAUGGGAGGAGAUCUUCCAUAUGACCUAUGACCUUGCCAGUGCCAUGGUCAGGAUUGUGAACCUGAUCGGUAUGAUGCUGCUGCUGUGCCACUGGGACGGCUGUCUCCAGUUCCUGGUCCCCAUGCUGCAGGACUUCCCUCCUGAUUGCUGGGUUUCCAAGAAUCUGAUGGUGAACGACACAUGGGGCGUGCAGUACUCGUAUGCUCUUUUCAAAGCCAUGAGCCACAUGUUGUGCAUCGGGUACGGUGCACAGGCUCCAGAGGGGAUGACUGAUGUGUGGCUCACCAUGCUCAGUAUGAUCGUCGGCGCCACCUGCUACGCCAUGUUCAUCGGCCACGCCACCGCCCUCAUCCAGUCGCUGGACUCCUCCCGACGACAGUAUCAGGAGAAGUACAAGCAGGUGGAGCAGUACAUGUCAUUCCACAAGCUUCCUGCAGAUGUUCGUCAGAAGAUCCAUGAGUACUACGAGCACCGUUUCCAGGGGAAAAUGUUUGACGAGGAGAACAUCCUGGGAGAACUCAGCGAGCCACUCAAAGAGGAGAUUGUCAGCUUUAACUGCCGUAGCCUGGUGGCUAACAUGCCACUGUUCGCCAACGCUGAUCCCAACUUUGUGACCGCCGUGCUGACCAAGCUCCGCUUUGAAGUGUUCCAGCCUGCAGACUUCAUCAUUCGUGAGGGCACAGUGGGACGGAAGAUGUACUUCAUCCAACAUGGGCGAGUCAGUGUGCUGACCCGUGGCAACAAGGAAACCAAGCUGAGUGAUGGGUCGUACUUUGGAGAGAUCUGUUUGUUGACUCGUGGACGGAGGACAGCGAGUGUCCGGGCAGAUACAUACUGUCGUCUGUAUUCUCUCAGUGUGGACAGCUUUAACGAGGUGCUCGAGGAACAUCCAAUGAUGCGCCGUGCCUUCGAAACUGUGGCUGUUGACCGCCUGGACCGUAUUGGCAGGAAGAACUCCAUGCUCCUGAGGAAGUCAUCCCAGGCUGGAUCACUGGGGGGCAGCAUGGGUCGUGGUGGAGGCCGGGGUGGAGGGGGUCCAGGAUCGGGGGGAGGCCUUGCAGCUGGUGGUCUGGGUUCCUGUGACAGCAUGUUGGUACAGCAGAUUGUCAAACACGACAGCAUGCCGGCCAUGCAGGACGCCAUCGCCGCAGCUGCUGCAGGAAGAAGCGGAGUCAUGGGAGGAAGCGGCACAGUGUCUCCUCGGCCACGCCCGGUCAUCUGGGCGCCGCUGGUCCAUGCUCCCCUCCAGACUGCCGCUGCCACCAGUAAUGUAGCCAUCGCCCUCAUGCACCAGCAGCAGCAACAGCAGCAGCAGCUCCAGCAGUUGCAGCAGCAUGCACUCGGAGGAGCUUUCUUCCUGCCUUCCCCUCUUGUCUCUCCCUCUCCCUCUUCUUCAUUUCCUCUGUCACCGCCUCGUGCUCCUGUGUUGCAGCCCAUGCGCCCCUCUGUGAGCUCCCUCAUAGGAAUGAUGACGAUGGGAGGAAUGGGUGGUUUGUCCCCAAGAGGGGGAUUUCCUGCCUCCCCCUCAGCCAUGGGCCCUCCUGGUGGGGUGACAUCACCACCUAUUGCCAAAACACCACCAACUCCAGCUUCUUCUGUCCCAACAUCUGUCCAACAAGGAAGGACUCAUCAUUACAGCCUCCGUCUCCAGGCUGAUCAUCCUUCAUUGAUAGCUGGAACCCCGACAGGAGGAGGACCAUCAACUCCACCCCUCCACAAGGUGCCGGCCACCAACCCAGCAGCUGCUCCUGCUGCCCCAGCCGAUGGCAACAGCUCUGUGAUAGGUCAGCAGGGAGCAAAAGAAGCUCUGUUACGUCAUGGAGGAAACAGCUCCCAGGGUCUUCCAGCACUGGGCAGACUCACCCAGGAAGCCAGGCUGCUGUCGGCCUCGCAGCCCACUCUGCCUCACCGCUCGUGGGCUGGGUUGCAGCCACACCCUCCUCUCCACAGGAAGGCCUCGGGUGGUAAUUUGUUGGCAGCUCCUUUCCUGGCAGGGCAGUUAGCCAGGGGAAGCAGUGCAGGCAUGCUGACCUCCAACGCUCCAGUACAGCUUGCAACAAAUCUGUUUCAUGCACAAACACAAACACAGGCUACAGUUCCCAUUCAGUCCAUUCUUCCACAGGCUACCCCUCCAAACAUGGGCAUCUACGCACAAUCUGCACCUCACACUGCCUCCGUACCCACACCUACCGCUGUACACCUGCCUUCUCCGGUUUCUAUGCCCUCUCCCUCCCCUCCGAAGCAAACCCCACUCCCCUCUGCCACCCCUUCACCUGCACCCACCCCUUCAUCUCCAACCUCCAUCCUCUCCCAAACAGCUCGCCCAAAACCAAUCCCGAUGCCCCCCUCUCGCUCCUCCUCUCCACCUCCCUGCUCCACUCCGCCCUCAGCCGGAACAAGCCCUUUGUCGCUUUCCUCGACUCCUCGUCCCAAACCCCUCCCUACACCUUCCCCCCGCUCCUCCUCUCCUUCCCCCUCCUCUACGCCGCCUCCUUCCUCUGUCUCCACCCCUGUUCCAUUACCUCAACCUUAUGGGCCAAAAUUAUCGCUAACCUCCUCUCCUCCUCCCUCCUCCUUAGUCGCCUUCUCUCCACCGCAUCCCCAGAACCCAAGAGCCAAGGCAUCCAACACUCCUCCUUCUGCUUCUCCGUUGUCUGGCCUCAGCCCUGCCCCAACCCCAAUCCCUUCUCCGAUACCUACCCCCACUCAGAGUACCCGCUCCCGUUCCUCUAUCACAUCCCAAACUUCAACGCAAACCAUCACACCUGUCACUCCUACCCAGACCUUUACCCCUACGCCCUCUCCAAUCCUUGUUACAUCAGUUCCCUCCCUGAGUAAGUCCCAGAGUCCAAACACUUGUGUCCAGCCCUCCGUCUCCAGCUCCGUUAGGGGCCCCAGCUCAAGCCAGAUCCCAAAACAGGCCAAAACAGGCCAAACUCCAGCUCCUGCCUCAACACCUGCUUGCACCAGUUCUACUAAAGUAACAUUCUCAGUUCAUCCUGUAAAGCAAACCCCUCCUGUCCUCUCCUCGAGCCAGAGCUCAGGCUCCACCAAACUGACCACAUCUACAACCUCAUCCUCACCAACUUUACGCCCAAACCCCGGCUCCACUAACCCCUCCUCUCUCACAACCACCUCUCCAUAUGUCCCACCUGCCUUGUCUCAGACCCCGAAACAAAUGCCAACCACCUCAGCUGCCGCUGCCCACUCCUCAGAACUCAACAUGCCCUUUACCCCCGCUCAGACCUCUCAGGCAUCUACCACUUCACCCACCCACUCAGCACAUACAGCCACCACUGCCAACACCACCUCCCCUAAAGGUGGGAAAAAGGACUCUCAAUUAGAACACACCAGAAAAGACUCAGAGGGACUGAGACACAAACUGCCUGCCAACAUGUAAGAACGAAGGAUGGUGGACUUUAAUGAAUAUGGCUAGUCAAACCAUGGAUGUACGGAGUUGUCAGAGUUGAAAUCACAAUGAUUUCCUGUGGACAUCUUGUAUGCAUUCACUCUAGGCUGUGAUUGUCUUAGAACAUCAGGUGUUUAUGUGACACUCAACCAAGCCAUCGAUGGAGGAGAAAGACUUAAUGGGGUGUGCUGGCAGGUGCAGGCUGAGGUAAAGUAAAAAAAAAAAACCAAACAAAUGUACACAUACAUAUCUGUGUAAGUAAUUGUUGGAGCAGGCAAGGGAGCUGAGGUGGAAAUAUUGCAGCUUACGCAGUAAAACAGGAUGCAAGCAAUAGCUGAUGUGAAAACAGUGAUAACAGCAAUACAUGCGAAACAUGGGCGACUCGAAUAAUGAAACAGGAAAUGACACUGACAAUAAUAUUAAACUAGAGAAAAUAACCAGCUCUCUGCUGUGAGGAAGGAUGUGUAUUGUGAUCUCAAGAUGCAGGCAAUAGAGCAGACACUUCCUGAUUUCCAGCUCCACCUCCCUCUUGCCUCACAUUCCUCACCAAAGUGUAAUAUUUUCUCAUCAGAAUAAUAAUUAUUAUUAUUAUUACAAAGAUAUAUAUCAUUUAAAAAAAACGCUGCAAAGUCGAUGCUCAUAUGACUGAGUAAUUAGGAGCAGUCCACUGGUAGUUUUGUUGUCCCAGGUGUGUGGUGUUUAGUUUUUUAACGAAACUUUUAACCCUACAUGUUCACUCGACUUCUGUGAAUUGUGUUUUUUUGUGUGUGUGACACACGAUACUGCUCUACUGUGCACUGUGAUUCACUUGAUUUAGUUCCAGCCAGCUCCCUGUACUGUAAAUACGUGCCUCUCUGUGGGUCUGUUGUAUGCUCCCUCACUUCUCUGCCUUUUGUCUCUCACCUCUCAUCUGUCUCGCCGCCUUUCAUCAGAAUUCACAGCUCCGGUCGCUAACGGUUUCUCUGACGCUUACAGACUCUCUCUCGGCUUGCCCGACACUUUGCUCUCCGCUGCCAUCAGCCUCAUGCUCAAUUGGCGGACUCCUCCUUCUGUCACUAGUUUCAGCGCCAUUUCCAGUGAUGUUUGAUGUUUUGUGUGGGUAGCAACAAGGCAUUUCUGUCUUAAUCCCUGAUACCAUGUUGCCUAGACUAUAUUUAAGGACCAAAUGUUUUAUUUUUUAUUUAUCACAGCUUUAGCUUUUGAACAGGAAAAAAUAGCUAGUAAUGCUGUUGAAAUGAUUAUCUCAAGUGGGGCACUGAAGGUGAUGACUGUGAUGAUGAUGAUGAUGAUGAAGAUGAUGAUGGUGAUAUCCCUAAUAACCAUGAUGGUGAUGUUGAUGAAGAUGGUGUAUAUCUGGAUGUAAGAAUAAAGCGGAUUUCGAUAUCAUCUU